AUGGCGCUCAGUUUCAAUGAAGAUGGUUUGAAAACUCUUGAAACAUUGGUCCGUACACUUCGUUCAUUGCAUGCUUCGGAUGGGCUUUAUUGGCAAACCGUCUAUCAUUAUCAUGUUACAUUGAAAUUCUUGGGCAAUAUUGAUACAUUUCUCUUGGAAAAAAUAACAGAACAAAUGAAAAUUUGGGCUCAUGCUUCAGCACCAUUUCAACUAUCACUAAACACUAUAACUGGUUUUCCAUCACCCGAUAAAACAAAAUACAUCGUGGCUACGUUAAAUGAUUCUGAUGGUCAUCUCAAAAGACUUGUUGAUCAAAUAGCUGGAUAUUUUGCAAUGUUUGGUUUUGCUAUUGAUGGUAGACCCUUUAUUCCUCAUGUUACAUUAGCUAGGUCAAACAAAUCUUUCGACGCUUCGAGACUGUUAUCGGUUAAUGCAAUAUUACUAUCUGGACAAGUACUGAUAUCUCCUACGUUAACACUCUAUCGAUCCAACAUAAUCCGAGGGAAAAAUAUAUAUACUUCCAUGGUUCAAUGCCAGUUUAACAAUGCUAUAAAUUCGUACACAAACGAAGAAGUUUCAGAGUGCAAGCACGACGAUUCAAGGAACAGGUCUCACAAAAAUAAUAUACACAAAUAACUCUAUUAGAAAAAAAACAUCAAAUUUUAACAAUAAUGGUAAAGAGAUCAAAUCAGAGUUGGUUGAUUUGCGAAUUUCAUAUUUUAAGAUGUUUUAUAGAACAAGUUGUUCUUUGAAUACUAACGCUAGCAAAUAUUCUUGUCUCGAUAUUUUAUGAGCAUCUCCCUAAGAGCGCUAAAAAUGAUCCUUUCCCGGAAGAGAUUCUUUGGUAGCAGUAUCUUACGAAGUGCUUGACAGACGUAACUCACAUUUUCUGCGGAUAUACGUAUCUCAUUCACUUGUAUUCACCACACAUUGUUUUUUCAAACUUCUUUAGAGACAUUGCUUUUGAUGGAACUACUAGAUUAGAAAGAGGCUAAACACAGAUGCGAGCAUUGAAAACAAAUAGGACUCACUUCAUUCAAUGGAAGCCUUUGAGCAACUCUAAGUCAUAUCCUCCGAAAUUUUGUAGAGAAUAGUUGGGUCUGGGUGGGGGUGUGGGUGUGGGUGUGUAUGGAUGUACAGAAUAAAACAUCAUUCAUACUCAUACCCACACCCGCGCCCACACCCACACUCUUUCCUUCUUUCAUUAUUUUAUUGAGAUGACCUCAUACAGCCUUAUACACCAUUAUACGGAUAAUCAUGAGAAAAUUCAAUUUUAUGAUACUAAAAGAAUACAGGUUCAACUUGCAGCAGGCGCUAUGCGAUAGCUCCUUUGAAGUUCUACAAAAUUAUACUAUUACAUUGGAUUUAAUUUGUGGAGAAGACAGCUGACUUCAAGGCACAAUCCUGUACAGUAUUCAGGGUGUGGGAAUGGGUCAAUAUUUUUUUUCUUUCUAUAAUUGUUUUGCUGCAAACUCCACUGUCAUAUGCAUACCCAUGCAGCAAGUAAAGCAUUCAAUGGAAGCAAUAGGAAACAAAUAUAUUGCAUUUGUACCUCCUCGGAAGAUUUCUCUAGAAAAACAAGUAUUGAAAAUAUGUGAACAAUUAUCAGACAAAGUAUGAUUCGCUUUAUUCUUCUCAACUACUAAAACUUUUACGGAUAGCGUGUGAUCAUAAGAGAUCUGGAAUUAGUUUCUUGAUACAUUUUAUUAAACAGAGGUCAACUUUUUACACAACAGUUAGUUCGCCAAAAAAAAAUAAUAUGCGCCGUCCACGCUAUUCUUCAAAAAAAAAAGUUACUGGGUAUUCGUAUUCGUCGCUGCUUGUUCUAAGUCACAACUGAAAGUAGCAGCGCCAAUGACAUUUAAUUUUCGCAUUGGAAUAGCAUUCGUUAUUUUCUUAACUAACUCAGGCUGUGUACUAAUGCAUAUCAUUGUGAGAAAGAGUCGAAUAACAUAGACCACGAAAAGAAUUGUUUGCAGUUGAUCAAUCAUAAAUUAAGGCAUGAUAGUUAUUUGGAUUAAUUGCGUUAUUGUCAUAGACAUCCAAAAUGCCAUGUAAAGUGAUUAAAUGAUUCAUAAUUGAAGUACAAUUUUGCGAUGUUAUCGCCAGUUUAUUACUUGACAUCGAGCCAUCUUUUGGUAAGUCACUCGAAUAAAUAAUUUUAGAUUUGCAAACAUAAUUAACAUAACAGGAGCCGAUAUAUUGGAAAUAAAAUCAAACUGACCAAGAAAGUUAGCCGUAAAAUAACAUGAAAUGCUACAAUUAACAGAACUGUAAUCCCAUUCAUUAGACAAAAUGGGCAUAUAACCACUAUUUCAAAAUAAAAAUAAAAAAUGAUGUCCAAAUUAGACAAAGAAUGAUCGGAAGGGUGUGGGUGGAUGUGGGUGUGGGCAUGGGUGAGAGUAGAGAUGCCCACAACCACACCCACACCCACACCCACACCCACACCCACACCCACACCCACAUUCACACCCACACCCACACCUACACCUACACCCACACCCAUACCCACACCCACACCCACCCCACACCCACACCCACCCACACACCCUCGAAAACAUAAGAGUAGACUUGAUGAACAGAUAGAUAAUCAGUGAAAUCUUGAGCAAAU